AUGGCAUCUCUGUUUUGUUGUCUCAAAAGCCGUCAGGCGGCCAAGUUUGCUGAUUCGAUGAACCGGGCAGAGGACAUGGCCAAGAAGGAGACAGUGCAGUUCAACAAGGAUAUUCAACAGUCUCUCAUUAACAAGGUGGCCCAAAAGGACCUCGUUGUCCCGCGAGUGGCAGUGGGUCGACACCCCAAGGCAGAAUUCCGAAUGACAGCAGCAGACGAGCAAGACGGAUCAACCGUUACUAUCACGGGAACCAUUCACUUUCAGUGUGCCACGGGGUGUGAAAAGCAUACCACUUGCAGUGGCGAGAACCACAACAUUACCGGGUCGGGUGAAUAUGCCGAUGGGAGUGGCCGUACAAUUGAAAUAACGCAGGGAUCUUGGUCACCGGCAGGCUACUGCUUUUGGAUUGAAAAGAAAAGAGAUGCAUCUAAUACUGGGAAUGAUGAAGCCGAAGACGAUAAGAAGAGUCCAUCGUCUUUUGUGAUUCACGAUUUCGCCCAUGAAGAUUGUCAAACUGUCACGACCUUGGAAGCCAAUGGUAGCAAAACUCGAAGUACUCGUACCUUUCAGUUAUUGGUGGACGACAAAGACGAUAGCAAUACUCCACAGCCUCUCUGUCCAUCAGUAUACACUGCUCUCGACUUGGGCAAGCAUGAAAAAUAA